CACGCUCCUGCGCGCGUCCCCUGGGGGCCGCUGUCGGGAGUACGGCCCUGUUAAGAGCUGGGUCCUCGGACGUGGGGCCGGACCAGCCGGUGGUUGCCGGGGCCGCGGGGCCUGAGAACGAGGAGGGCGGGGCUGUGGCACCGCGGCGGCGACGACGACGACACACCGAACGAGCGCCUAGGCCAGAAAGGAGCGAUGCUGUGGUUCCAGGGCGCCAUUCCGGCGGCCAUCGCGUCUGCUAAGAGAAGCGGAGCGGUCUUCGUGGUGUUCGUGGCAGGUGAUGAUGAGCAGUCUACACAGAUGGCUGCAAGUUGGGAAGAUGAGAAAGUGACAGAAGCAUCUUCAAACAAUUUUGUUGCUAUUAAAAUUGAUAUCAAAAGUGAAGCCUGUCUGCAGUUUUCACAAAUUUAUCCUGUAGUAUGUGUUCCGUCCAGUUUCUUUAUAGGAGACAGUGGAAUCCCUUUGGAAGUAAUAGCAGGAAGUGUUUCUGCAGAUGAACUUGUUUCAAGAAUUCGCAAAGUCCAACAGAUGCACUCAUCAAAAGGUGAAGCAUCAGUGACAAAUGACAACCAGUCAGAAAGUUCAGUGUCUACCCCAUCUGCCUCAUUUGACCCUAAUGAUGUAUGUGAAAAUACUGAGUCCAGAAAUGCAGAACUUUGUGAAACACCAGCUACUUCUGAUACAAAAUCAGAUACUGCAACAGGAGGAGAAUGCACAGGUCAUGACAACUUCUCUCAGGACCCUCAUGGAUGUUCAAACCAGAGACCAGCAGAGGACCUCACCGUCAGAGUGGAAAGACUAACAAAAAAACUUGAAGAAAGGAGAGAAGAGAAAAGGAAGGAAGAAGAACAGAGAGAGAUUAAGAAGGAAAUUGAAAGGAGAAAAACUGGAAAGGAAAUGUUGGAUUAUAAAAGAAAACAAGAAGAAGAAUUAACAAAAAGAAUGUUAGAAGAAAGAAGCAGAGAAAAGGCGGAAGACAGAGCAGCCCGAGAGCGCAUCAAGCAGCAGAUUGCACUGGAUCGUGCAGAAAGAGCUGCUCGUUUUGCAAAGACAAAGGAAGCAGAGGCUGCCAAAGCUGCUGCCAUGCUGGCCAAACAGGCAGAAGCAGAAGCCAAAAAGGAAUCUUGUGCACGAGACAGAAGCACCAUUGCAAGAAUUCAGUUCCGGCUGCCCGAUGGUUCUUCCUUUACAAAUCAGUUUCCUUCUGAUGCUCCUUUAGAAGAAGCAAGGCAGUUUGCUGCACAGACUGUUGGCAACACCUACGGUAAUUUUUCACUAGCAACAAUGUUUCCCAGAAGAGAGUUCACCAGAGAAGACUAUAAGAAGAAGCUGCUGGAUCUGGGGCUCGCCCCUAGUGCCUCUGUGGUGCUGCUACCAGCAGGACGGCCAGCCACAUCCAUUGUCCACUCUUCUAGCGGAGACAUUUGGACAUUACUGGGGACGAUGCUUUAUCCAUUCCUGGCCAUAUGGAGACUAAUUAGCAAUUUUUUAUUUAGUAAUCCCCCUCCUGCACAGAUGUCAGCAAGAGCCACAUCCACAGAGCCUUCAAACCCUGUGUCAUCCAACAAGUCAGAGAAAAGGGAGCCAGUCCGAAAAAGAGUGCUGGAAAAACGAGGGGAAGACUUUAAAAAGGAAGGAAAAAUAUACAGAUUGAGGACUCAAGAUGAUGGUGAAGAUGAAAACAACACUUGGAACGGAAACUCUACACAGCAGAUGUAGUGUAGCAAGCGCAGUGUGCACAGUCAUCACUGUUUGCUUUAGGGUUGCACUCAGCUAGACUUCUGCUGGAGAAGUGGGUCUGCUUUGUGUUUUCAGACCAUGUAGACAGUCUUUAUUUCUGCUUAGAGGUUAUGAGUUAAAGUUGUUUAAACUAAAAAACAUCAAAACAUUAAAUAGCUGGAUGCUAGGUCCUUGUACAGGGUAACCAGCUGCUCAGCCUAAAGGAAUCCCAAGGCUGCCCAGCCACCUGUCACUUCCUACUCAAACUUUACAGCCCUCCAGCCCAGUGUUUCAUUAGGAUACUUUUUGCUGCACGACUCUUAAGCCACACAGAGUAAUUGGUUUGUCCCUGAGUAACUGACCCUUGGAGGACUU